AAUGGACGGCAGCAGCAGCAGUAGUAGCAGUGAUAGCGACAGCAACUGUGACGAGGAGUUGGAAGAUUCAAGUGCCUUCUAUCAUAGAUACCAUAGAGACUAUACGUCGACAAUGAAUACAAUAGCCACUUACCCAGAUAAGAUAGUAGUCAAGAUACCUAUGGGCACGCGGGUCUCG